AUUUUUAAAUUAACCUCUAGGGAGUUGGGUUACAUUUAUUUUACUCGCUCUCUCGCUCUCCCCCGAUCUGCUCUCUCGCUCAGUCGCUUGGACCUGCUCCUGGUAAUUACAUUCAUGAUCCACAUUCUGGUUUGGCUUUGAUGCUUGAGUUCAUGCCUGCAACAAAAGAGAAUUUUGAUUGUGAUCACAAUUGCAUCAACCUUGCAUUCAACAAAUUGAUGAAGCAGAUAGGCAAUCCAGUUGAGUUUGAGCUUCCAGAAUGGUUUAAUAAAUGGAAGCCUACAUCCUACACUUCCAUAAAGCGCAAUAUAUAUCUCACCAAGAAAAGUAAAAGGCGGCUGGAGGAUGAUGGCAUAUUCUGUUCCUGCAGUUUAUCACCAGGUUCUUCUGGUGUCUGUGGUAGAGAUUGUCAUUGUGGGAUGCUACUGUCGAGCUGCUCCACAGGAUGCAAAUGUGGGAGUUCGUGCCUCAACAAACCCUUUCAACACCGACCUGUGAAGAAAAUGAAACUAGUGCAGACAGAGAAAUGUGGAGCUGGUAUUGUGAUUGAUGAAGAUAUUGCACAGGGGGAGUUUGUAAUAGAGUAUGUUGGAGAAGUCAUAGAUGAUAAGACCUGUGAGGAAAGGCUUUGGAAUAUGAAACACCGUGGAGAGACAAAUUUUUACUUGUGUGAAAUUAAUCGAGAUAUGGUAAUUGAUGCCACAUACAAGGGAAACAAGUCAAGAUACAUAAAUCACAGUUGUUCUCCUAAUACCGAGAUGCAGAAAUGGAUAAUUGACGGUGAGACAAGAAUUGGCAUAUUUGCAACUCGGGAUAUUAAAAAGGGCGAGCAUCUGACCUAUGAUUAUCAGUUUGUUCAAUUUGGUGCAGAUCAGGACUGCCAUUGUGGUGCUGUCGACUGCAGGAGAAAACUAGGGGUUAAACCCAGCAAGCCUAAGAUGUCUUCAGAUGCUGCAUUAAAAUUAGUAGCAUGCCAGGUGGCAGUGUCCUCUUCCAAAUUGAAAGCAAUUUUAUCUGGAAAAGAUGUUUAUCAGAAUGGAGGCUUGCAUACAGGGAGUUCACAACAUGCUCACAGUAAACAACAGAAAUGUUCUCAUAAUUGCAUUGGGGAAGUGAUUCAGAUAUUUCGUCCAUACAAUGAUAGAUCUUUUGGGAUGAUCAAGCGAUUUGAUAAGUAUUCAAGAAAACAUGCGAUAAUGUUUGAAGACGGUGCUGUCGAAUUUCUAGACAUGUCAAAAGAAGAUUGGGAAUUCGUAACUUUGUGAUCUAGCUCCAGGGCAAUCAUUUUGGUACAUGUGCCUAACAGAGCAGUGGACUUCUAGUGGCAGGGUUGAAAGAGGGUUUCUGAAAAUACAGCUAGUGGGUCCAACAGUUGAUCCAGUGGUCUAACAAUGGUCUGUCAUAUAUUCGAAUGCUAUGGCUCUUGUUGAUUGUGCCAUUUGCAAGAAAACUUGAAGCAUCAUCAGAAUUGCAUGCUUAGAAAUCGGAAGUUACUAGGGAACAAUAUUUUCCUAUUCUUGUAAUUUAUUAUUAUUAUUAUUAUUAUUACUUUUAAAAUUUUGUCAGGUUUUCAUUGGAAUAAUUUGAUGGGACUUACUUAUUUUCUAUGAUGCUUGUCUGAGGGACUCUGGUAGAAGGAUAUAAUACUCCUGACCAUAUUCCUUAACAUUUUUUGGGCUGUAUUUAUAAUAAUAUUAUUGUGCUUGGAUGCUUUGAAGGAGUAGAA